AUGUCUACGCCAACUGUCAGAUAUAAGUACAUCGAAGAAGUCGAGGUACUUGAAGAUUAUCGGCCCGGAGGCUACCAUCCUGUUCAGAUUAAUGAUACUCUGCGUCAUGACCGUUACCAGAUAGUGCACAAACCUGGGCAUGGCACAUUCUCAACCGCCUGGCUUGCCCUCGACCGAAAUUCAUCCACCUACGUUGCAGUGAAGGUUGGAGCUUCAUAUGCAGAUAAAAAUGAAGUCGAUAUUCUCUCGAGGCUCGCAAUGACCGGUACAGAUGAAACAAUGGUCCCGCGAGUUCUUGACUGUUUCACUGUUAAUUGGCCCAACGGAUCACAUCCAUGCUUGUUUCAACUAGACGUGGCCAGGUCUCUGGCUGUUCAAGUUAUAAAAGCUGUGGCUCAUGUUCACUCGCGCGUUUAUGCCCAUGGACAUCUUCACUUGGGCAACCUAUUGUUACAACUUCCAGCUUCGCUCAACAACCUGUCGAUCGACCAGUUGUAUGCAAAGUUCGGUGCCCCAAAGCUGAAGUCUAUCGCUCGUCUAGACGGGUCUGUAGAACCUUUACCAACCGGCGUGCCUUAUUAUGCUGUUCUGCCUAUAAGACAAAAUGCGAGUCCAAAUGCGCCCCUCGUUGUCCGCCCUCCUGAGUCGUAUUUCGAACCAACAAAGCCGCUCACCUUCGAAUCAGACAUAUGGAGCCUCAGCUGUCUGAUAUUUGAGUUAUUUGCCCAUCGCUCCCUCAUUGAUGGCAUUAUCGCCCCCCAGGACGACAUCACUGCGCAACAAGUUCACCUGCAGGGUAUUCCACCGCCUGAAUGGUGGGACAAGUGGGACAAGCGCUCGAAAUGGUUUGAUAACAAAGGCCAGGCGCUCAGUAACGAGCAGGAUAUCUGGUCAUGGGACAGACGGUUCAGACAGUGGAUACAAGAGCCGAGGAAAUCGGAGGGUAUGGAAACCAUCAACUCAGAGGAGGCGGCUGCGCUAUUGGACUUACUGAAACGAGUGCUUGCAUGGAAGCCAGAGAAUCGGCCUCAGGCGCAGCAGAUAUUGGAAUCAGGAUGGGUGAAGGAAUGGGCUUUGCCAGCCUAUAACAAAACCAAGAGAACUCCAGAAGUCGAAAGAGCAUGAAACUUUGCUUACCUGAGAUAUAUGCUUGUAAUAGAAAAGAACGAUAGCAAAGGAUUAAUAAGCCUAUCUGCACAAUUGAGGAUCGGUCAAUUGGCAUUGUCCGAACCGUUGCACAGGGUUUGG